GGCCAAAAGGGUUCUGAGACAGUGACGAACAAAUACCACCGUACCGAGAUCCCGGAAAUAGCCGCACCCGCAUCUGAUCCCAGCCAGCAUUGCAACUUCCAGGUUCCCAAAUCCCGGUCGUUUUGAACUUUGUAGCUCUCAACCACAGACGACGCCUGCUCCCCGGGCAACAAUCUUUUACCAGCCCUCCUUUUUCCUCUUCCUCUUCGUCGCAAGGGAAAAUCCAAUUGGGUCAAGACCAUGGCCGCCAGACUGCUGUUUCAACGGCGAGCCGCGCCAUUGACGGCCGCCGUCCUCGUCGGCAGCAUCGCCUUCUCUCCCUCCCUCGCCCAUGCCGAAGCCCCCAACGGUCGUCAGUUUCCCAGAAAACCCAUCUACGACGACGACCUCGACGACCCCCUCCCCACCUCCAAAACCCUCCCCGCUCCCCCCAAGCCAGCAGCAGCCGAGCCAACAACACCCUCCACCUCCCUCAUCACCCUCCCCACCACCUCCGAACCAGCCGUCAUCAAAAAAGAAACCCCCACCGACCUCCUCGCCCAGCGAAUCCGCUCCGCCCGCCUCUACCUCUACCACCAUUCCUGCAGCCUCGAAGACGCAGUCAACUCCUCCCUCUCCCGCGCCUUCGACCUCGAGCAAUCUUUUACUUCCACCAUCUCCGGCCUCGCCCCCGACCGUGCCUCAGGAGAAAAGCUAAUGCCCGGAGCCAUCUAUGUCCUCGUAGCUGGAAUGGCAGGCAGCAUUGUCGCCCGCAACAGAAACGUCCUCCUCCGCACGGCGACGCCCCUGGCGUUGGGCAUCACCGCCGCUUGGACCGUCCUCCCCGUCACGAUGACAAACGUCUCGGAGCUGCUGUGGUAUUACGAGAAGAAGGUACCUGCGGUGGCGGAGGCGCAUCUGCAGGUUAGGGAGGGGGUGGAGAAGGGUGUUUACAUGGCAAAGGUGCAUGCCGAGCUGGCGCAAAGGAAGAUUGAGGAGGGGGUUAGGGAGGUUAGGGAGGGGUUGGAGGAGUGGGUUAGGAAGGGGAAAUAAAUGAAAAGGAGGAUGGUUGUGUGCUGUGAGGUAGACAAAAAAUGGGGUUGGGAAAAAGUGAUAUGUGUACCUAGCCUGGGAGAAGGGGUAGCAGAGGCGGUAGCGGAAUUAUCCCUCUUGUAUCAAUACGUAGAAAGCUUGCCAUUUUUUUAAAAGUCAGAAAAGGCUUGGGGG